GUGAUUUUUAUUCUUUUAAAAAGUGUUCAUAACUUUUAUCAAAUCACUACAAACAAUGCAACUACAUUAUUCCUAUUUUGUGUGAAUCAUCGAAACUAUUACAAGAUUUUGAUAUCCAUUUGAGUUGCAGUGUGUGUGGUUGCACAUAGAUAUACCAGCUGUUAUCAUCACUAUGCCUUGUUGUGCCCGUUGUUGUGUUUCUAAUUGCAAGUGUGGAGAAAAUUGUGCUUGUUGUAGCCAACCUUGUGCGUGUUGUUCUCAGUGUAGUAGUAACCAAAGCUGUCGUUGUGGGACCAACUGUGGUUGUUCAAGGUGUAAGCCACUAGUAAAGUGUUGUGCGCAGUGUGAAGGAAGAAAAUGUGGUUGUACGGGUAUGCAGUGUCCUUGUGAAGCAACUAAGUAAAGUUUUAUGAAAUAAUAAAGAGUGAAUGUCUUUGUUUUGUUUUCAGAUUUGUGUGUGAAGAAAUGGAAUCGUCGUCUUGGCCUCUUUUAUCGAAUGAUGACUACGAAAUAUUUUUAUUAAGAAUACCUGACGUUGAUAAGCAUAAAUGUACGGAAAUAGAAUGGAAAGAGUUACAAGAUGGCAACUAUGAGGGUAUUCUUGGGAAUGAGACUUUCCAACUAGUGCAACGGAAGACGCCUGAAAGCUUAGCCGUCAUCUGGGGUGACGGUGAACAAACCAAAUAGGAACACGAUGGAUAACCCAACAAUG